GCAUGCAAGCACACACCGUAAGAAAUGGAAAAGCAUGACUUUGCUUUUCAUGUGUUCACACUUGUCUUUACUUCCACUUGCAUGUGAUGAGCUGCAUGGUAUGUGCAUGAAGUGCACUGCCUAUAUAUUGGCAUAUCGGCAGCAGCAGAAGGUGAGAGAGGGCAGAGAGCCCAACCUCCAGAGAGGAGAGAGCAGAAACAACUCUAAGGGUCUUCAUGUAUAGAAGCAAAGUGAGUUGUGUUCAAGAGUGUGUAUAGCUCUUGGGAUAGAGUAAUCUUCUAGGAUUGAGAGAGGGUGUACAAGGGGUAUCCGAUUGGAUACGAGGCUUGGGUUGGGUAUAAACUUGAGUGCUCUAGUUGUGUAUAAACUAGAGUGGUGUAAUCUUGUACUUGUGUAAUUCUCUCAUUAGUGAAGAUAGAAACUCUCUGAGGACGUAGGCAAGGAAAUUGGCCGAACCUCGUUAAAAUCUUGUUGUCUUAUUGGCUUGCUUAUUUCUUCUUUCCAUCUCUACUAGUAGUACUUGCAUGACGGGGGGGAUUAAUUUCCCAACAGUGGUAUCAGAGCCGAUGGUUUGGCUAGGACAAGUCAUGCAUCCAUGGUGUAGUCAAGCAAAUGGUCAAGGUGGCAGCCCGAAGGUGCAAUAGGUGGAGUCAGCUCGGAAAAGUUCUUAGCAAGAAGAGCGGGUCGGAGACUCAAAGAAAUCCUCAUCGAUGGUGUAUCGAUAGGUGGAGUGAUUCGCGAGCUAAGGGGAGCAAGGUGGACUCGGGAAAAUCCUAUUCAAAAGUGGAGCUGCAAGGGAUCAUAAUAUGACUCAAGGGGAUGAUGGCUUGUGAGGUUGUUUGUCAUGGCAAGUUCUAGCACCUCAUCAUUCAAGGUGGAGUCAAUUAAAUGGUUAAGGUGUUAACUCAAAAGUGCAUUAGGUGGAGCCAGCUCGAGGAAAAUUCCUAGCAACGUGGAGCGGGUCAAAAACUCAAGAAAGUCCUAAUCAAAGGCAGUUGAUAGGUGGAGUGACUCGGAGGCUAGGUGGUGCGAGCCAAACUCAGAAAAAAAAAAAGAUCCUAAUUAAAGGUGGAGUUGCAAGAGACCAAGAUAUGACUCAAGGGAAUGAUGGUUGGUGAGAGUGUAUAUCUCACUACGGUGGUUCGUGGUGUCAGCGAUCGUGCUUGUUCGUCGUUCGUGGUUUUCGUUCGCCGAAGGUUUGCAUGUUGAUCGUGGUUGCUCAUCAUGACUUCAGGUAUUGCCUCAUAGUUUGAAGUGGCGCAGUUUGAUGGAAAAGGGAAAUUUCACUCUAUGGCAAAGGAGAGUGAAAGACAUCCUAGUUCAACAGGGCUUAGUAAAGUGUUGAAGGGGAAGGAUGUGAAACCGGAGAAGACAGCGGAUAAUGCAAGGAAAACUGUCGGGGAUUUAGUGAUCAUAGCAGGUCUAAAUCCAGAGGCAGGGAUGCUACAAGUGUCGUGACUAGGGUCAUAUGAAGCGAAAGGCUUGGAUGGCAUUGCUGUAGCAGAAACUGAUUUUCAUAUGGAGAUGCUCUCACAAUCUCCAUAGGUGACACAUGUUCUUUGACUGGAUAUUAGAUUUGGGAUUGGCGUACUUUGGGUGGUGUGACGAUGUCCCAAGGUUACAGAGAAAUUUAAUAUCCUUGAGCCAGUUAGACUCCAAAGGCUGCAGGGUUUCGUCAGCAGGGGGAGUUAUGAAAAUCACACGUGGCGGCAUGGUCCUAAUGAAGGGAGAACAGUGUGGUAGGUAUCAUCUGGUAUGUCAGACCUUGAUGGAUAAUGGGAAACAGGAGUGCGCAUAGGCGAGUCUCGUUUGCGGGUACAGCAGAGACAUCGUUGACAAGUUUCCGAGUCCAGAUGAUGGUGAGAAGGUAAAUCCUGCUAGGGAAGAGGUCGAGUCAAGGUUCCUCUUCAGAGCCAACAUGUGAUCGUUGUCUCGGGGUAGUUACACAUGGUAUUGGCCGAUUGAAUCAGGGGGAGCUAGGACCAAAUGCAAUUGACUCUGAUUAUGUGUAAUUGCGCAACUAGAAGGCCAAUGGAAUGCUUGUGGGUAUAACAAGCUGUGUCUCAGAUUGAGAUGACUUCAAAGAUUGAAGUAGUGUUGCGGAGCUCUCCAUUUAAGUCGGGAGGUGGAGAUUGUUGGGAUCCCUCCUUAAUUGGAGGAGACAAAGAAGCAAGGAAAGCAUGUGUGCAUGUGAAAGAGAAAAAGGUGUUUGGAUUCUUCUCCAUGCAAAGAAAGCAUGCGGCAAACAUGGCUGGAAAACAUGCAGAAGACAAGGAAAGUGAAAGCAUAAAAGAAGAAGGAAAAGUAGAGGAAACAUGCAAUCAUUGUGGCAUGCAAGCACACACCGUAAGAAAUGGAAAAGCAUGACUUUGCUUUUCAUGUGUUCACACUUGUCUUUACUUCCACUUGCAUGUGAUGAGCUGCAUGGUAUGUGCAUGAAGUGCACUGCCUAUAUAUUGGCAUAUCGGCAGCAGCAGAAGGUGAGAGAGGGCAGAGAGCCCAACCUCCAGAGAGGAGAGAGCAGAAACAACUCUAAGGGUCUUCAUGUAUAGAAGCAAAGUGAGUUGUGUUCAAGAGUGUGUAUAGCUCUUGGGAUAGAGUAAUCUUCUAGGAUUGAGAGAGGGUGUACAAGGGGUAUCCGAUUGGAUACGAGGCUUGGGUUGGGUAUAAACUUGAGUGCUCUAGUUGUGUAUAAACUAGAGUGGUGUAAUCUUGUACUUGUGUAAUUCUCUCAUUAGUGAAGAUAGAAACUCUCUGAGGACGUAGGCAAGGAAAUUGGCCGAACCUCGUUAAAAUCUUGUUGUCUUAUUGGCUUGCUUAUUUCUUCUUUCCAUCUCUACUAGUAGUACUUGCAUGACGGGGGGGAUUAAUUUCCCAACAACUUUGAAGCCUUAAAUGGAUCCAAGGCUUUUAGUGUGCAUUAGCGGCAACAAUAUACCUGAAUUUAUUGGCUUACUUCAUGAAAAUGAAGGACUUAUCGCUCAAAGAACAACUGAUUCCUUCAACACAGUUUUACACCUCGCUUCGAAACUGGGACACAUUGACAUGGUCCUGGAAAUUAUUAAGUUAUGCCCUGAAUUGGUUGCUGCUGAAAACAAGUACCUUGAGACUCCAGUUCAUGAAGCUUGUCGCCUUGGAAAUGCCAACAUCUUGAAGCUGCUAUUAGAAGCCAAUCCUCAAGCGGCAAGUAAGCUUAAUGUUGAGAAAAAGAGUGCUUCUUUUCUAGCUUGCAGUCUGGGUCAUCUUGCUGCAGUGAAUCUCCUAUUGGAACAACCUUGGAUGGAGAGCUUAGAGGAUGUUGGGCUUGAUCAAUCAUGUAUUCAUGUUGCUGCAUCCAACGGACACACAGAUAUUGUUAGAGAGAUACUAAACAUCUGCCCUAACUAUGCUCAAAAGACUGAUGACAAUGGGAAUUCACCUUUGCACUAUGCUUGCAACAAAGGGCACAGGGAAAUAACCUGGUUACUGCUACAGCGUGAUGUCAAUCUGGCCUUGCAGUAUAACAACAAUGGUUAUACACCUUUGCACUUGGCAACAAUAAAUGGAAACAUAUCAGUCCUUGAAGACUUCGCAUUGAAAGCUCCAGUGGCUUUUCAUUAUCUCACAAAAGAAGAGGAGACAAUAUUUCAUCUGACUGUGAGAUACGGCAAAUAUCAAGCUUUGUUAUUCUUGGUGCAUGUUGCUAACAGUACUAAUCUCCUUCACUGUCAAGAUCGAUACGGUAACACUAUCUUGCACCUUGCAGUUUCUGGAGCUCGUUAUGAGAUUGCUGAGUACUUGAUCAACAAAGCAAAGAUGGAGAUUAAUUCACGGAACAGCAAAGGACUUACUGCAUUUGACAUCCUCAGUCAGGCCAAAGACAGUGUAGAGGCUCGUCAUCUUCAGACAAUAUUCCACAAAGCCGGUGGUGAAAGAUGCACUAAUGUGACAAGUACUUGUUCACCAGAAACAUCAUCUUCAUGGCAGAGUUACAUAUUCGAAUCAGACAUGUCUAUUACAAAUGAAAAUGCUUUACCCUCUUUGCAAGAAAUAACCUGCACUCAGCCAGACAACCAAUACAAGUUAAGACAGUCAUCGGUACUCCACAAUCAAGUUCAAGGGAGAUUUGACAAGGCAGCAUACAAGCUAAAGUCCUCUCCCUCAACCAACUCACAUCAUCAAUGCAGCAAGUCUUCGAGCAAAAGGCACUGCAAAGAUCAUAAGCAGCAUAAGAUGUACAGAGAGGCGAUACAGAAUGCAAGGAACACCAUAACACUAGUUGCCAUUUUAAUUGCAACAGUUACUUUUACUGCUGGAAUUACCCCUCCAGGUGGUGUCUAUCAGGAUGGAGCAAUGAAAGGGAAGUCGAUAGCAGGCACAACAACAUCUUUCAAGGUGUUUGCAAUAAGCAAUGACAUUGCUCUCUUCUCAUCACUGUCAAUAGUUGUUGUUCUUGUUAGUAUCAUACCUUUCAGACGAAAACCGCAGAUGAAUCUCUUGGUGUUUGCCCACAAGGUCAUGUGGGUAGCUGUGGCUUUCAUGGCAACAGGUUAUGUUGCAGCCACAUGGGUGAUCAUGCCGAGAAAUCACGGGACUGCUUUUGUGUUUGUGGCUCUACUGUCUGUCAGUGGUGGCACUCUAGGAACAAUUUUCAUUGGUUUGGGAGUGAUGCUUGUGGAUCAUUGGCUAAGAAAGUUGAAUUGGAGGAAACUGAAAAGGGGAAUCUGGGGAGGUGCAGAUGAAAUUGAAAGCCAAAAUUCUGAUGUUGAGAGCUCAUUCCAUCAAGGCUAUCACUCAUACUGAAUAUCUUUCGUAAAUGAAUUGUAAAUAAUGUGUAAUAUCGAUCUGCAAGUCAAAUGCACUUGAACUACCAAAAGAAUUAAAAUUUGAUUGUAAAGAUUGUUUAAGUAUAAUGUAUUUGAGAGAGAUUGAUG